AUGACUGGGACCUCAAACCACGUCGACGAGCGAAUGACUGGGUACAUGCAAUCUUUCCCUUACAGUGACAAACGGCUGUUCGAAUCUCCACGAGUUCAAAUACCCCCUCCUGCCCUCGACUACAGCCAUGGCAAGCCGAGAAUUCGUGUUUCGAGUGCUCCAUUCGAGCACGCGUCAGGCCAAUAUGGUGACCCUACGUUCUUACGAGCCUUGACCAACUUUUACGAUCUCAACAUGCGUCACACGAUGCUUUCGUGGCGUUACGAGAUGCGAAGGACAGCCCAGGUCAUUCUUCCUUUUCUAUAUAUCGGUCCAAGCAGCGCUGCAAGGGACUCCGAGUUCAUCAAGACCACUGGAAUCACUCUACUUGUGGCCGUAAGAAAUGCCGCCUCAGUCAAGACGAGACCAAGCUUUCUAGAUCCUGCGCGAUUCUCCUCGGGUGCGGGGAUAUCGACUCUCACGUUCGACUUCGAAUCCCCUUACGAUUUCAUUCGCAACGUCCGCGGCACAAUAAAGGCCAUGAACGACCACCUGACGAAGACAUGUAUCAAGACACCUCCAGAAGAUGUACACGAUGUCGCGGGGAAGGUCUUGAUCUUCUGCGAGUCUGGAAAUGACAGAUCACCGGUGAUGGUAGCAGCAUAUCUGAUGGUGGUGUUUGGUGUCAGUGCUGUUUCCGCCAUCCACAUGAUCCAGUCACAACGAUUCUCCAUCACCAUGUCGGAUGAGAUGAAGAAUGUCCUCAUGGACUUCCAAGAGAUCAUCGAGGCAGAAAGGCAGGUUUCGUCCUUCAACUCCAGCCUUGUUUCAUCAAGAGAUCCACCUAAUCACCAGCAAGCUUCCUCUUUGCUGUUACCUUACAGACCCAGUAAACGAAACCUUGAUGAUGUCUAUGAGUCGGAAGAAGAUUUCGGGCCUCAGUACCAACAAAGUCCACAACUCGGACUUAGAGAAGGCAUCGCUCCCUUCACAGAUCUUGCUGACCGGAUUUGA